GGGACACGGACACACGGACGAUUGAUUCAUCCUUCAUCGAAAGAAAUUGAGCAAAACAAAAAAAACGUUAAAGCCAAUUUGAGAAGAUAUGGCGGAGAGAGAGCAGGAGAAGCAUGGCACGGAGCAAAAAGGAGGGAUGGUCACGAUGCCCUUCAUCUUUGCAAAUGAAGUGUGCGAUAAGUUGGCCGUGGUGGGAUUCAAUGCCAACAUGAUUAAUUACUUGACCACCAAGAUCCACAUGCCCAUGACCAGAGCUGCCAACACCCUCACCAACUUCGGUGGCACCGCCAGUUUGACACCGUUGCUCGGCGCUUACGUUGCCGAUGCCUAUGCCGGCCGCUUCUGGACCAUUACGGUCGCUUCCGUCGUCUACGUUGUGGGAAUGACACUCUUGACCCUAUCAGCCGUGAUUCCCCAACUCCUGCCGCCCCCAUGCAGCCCAUCUGCCUCGUCCCCGCCGUGCCAAGAAGCCAACGGAGGCCAGCUUGCAGUGCUAUACACGGUUCUCCUGCUCGGGGCCAUAGGGUCAGGUGGGAUCCGGCCCUGUGUGGUUGCGUUCGGGGCCGACCAGUUUGAUGAGACCGACCCGAAGCAAUCGGCCAGGACGUGGAAGUACUUCAACUGGUACUACUUCGUGAUGGGGGUCUCGAUACUGGUGGCGGUGACGGUGGUGGUGUACGUGCAGGAGGAUGUGGGGUGGGGCUUGGGGCUUGGGAUCCCGACAGUGCUCAUGUUCUUGUCGGUGAUCGCAUUGGUUUGUGGGUACCGACUGUACCGGAUCCUCGACCCAGCGGGGAGCCCGUUCACCCGGCUGUUGCAGGUGUCGGUUGCCGCUUUUCGGAAGAGGAAGGCAAGUGUCGGUUGGGACGCGAAGGCGGCGGAGUUGUACCGGAACGAUGAGCUCGAUGCGGCGAUCUCUUUGGGCGGGAAGCUGGUGCACACCAAGCAUAUGAAAUUCCUUGAUAAAGCGGCGAUCGUGACCCGAGAAGACGACCCGAAGUCCCCAAACCUGUGGAGGCUGAGCACGGUCCACCGAGUGGAGGAGCUCAAGUCCGUGAUCCGAAUGGGCCCUAUCUGGGCCUCCGGGAUUCUGCUCUUCGCGGCCUAUGCCCAGCAAAGCACCUUCUCCAUCCAACAGGCCAAGACCAUGGACCGACGCCUCUCCGAGUCCUUCCAAGUGCCGUCCGGGUCGAUGCAAGUGUUCACCAUGAUCAGCAUGCUCACCACCAUCGCCUUCUACGACCGCAUCUUCGUCCCGGUCGCCCACCGGUUCACGGGACUCGAGCGCGGCAUCACCUUCCUCCACCGCAUGGGCAUCGGCUUCGCCAUCUCAAUCCUCGCCACUCUUGUCGCAGGUCUCGUCGAAGUGAAGCGAAAGCGAGCCGCGUCGCAACAUGGCCUCACCAACUCUCCGCACUCGGUCAUCCCCAUCUCGGCCUUCUGGCUGGUGCCCCAGUACAGCCUCCACGGGAUCGCGGAGGCCUUCAUGUCGAUCGGGCACCUCGAGUUCUUCUACGACCAGGCGCCGGAGAGCAUGAGGAGCACCGCCACCGCGCUGUUCUGGACCACCAUCUCGGCCGGCAACUACCUGAGCACCCUACUGGUGAGCGUGGUCCACCGGUUCACCGCGGGGGACGACGGGUCGAACUGGCUCCCCGACGACAACCUGAACAGGGGCAAGCUGGAGUACUUCUACUGGCUACUCACUCUGCUGCAGGCGGUGAACUUGGUCUACUACGUAUGUUGCGCCAAGUACUACACGUUCAAGCCUGUUCAGGUCCAUAGGGUGGAUGGUGGUGACAAGUCCGAGCAAGAUGAAGUCGAGCUUGCAAGCAGAGUUUAGGAUGGAGGGGAACGUGGAUAACUUGUUCCCAGAGGAGGAGGAGCUAUGAUCACAAUAAAAGAAAGGCAGAAUCUGUAAAUGCAUCGUCAUCAAAAUAUGAGAGAACUAGAGGGCAUUCUGUCG